AAUAGGCCUCAGCGUAGGCGCUUGGAGGGUGCUAGGUGGGCCGCGGAGGAUCCGGAUAUCGCAAAGAUACUGCGGAACCUGCAGAUGCUCACGAUAGCUUUGAGCUUGUUGCUGUCGGUGUACACAUGGUUAGUCCUGGGUCCUCACCGAUGUGUGAUGGCAACUCCCAUACCUAGGCGACACCCAGCCGUUUAAGGCGGAUUGAUGAUCUCUCUCCCGUCCAGCCGUUGCGUUUCUACGUAUCACUGCUGACAAAGAUUAGUACUUCAACGCAAAAACUGCAAGACGCCAUGGCAGAACUCGAGCAGUCUCUGACAGCUGUCAGGAAGACGUUCCCGGACGUCGCAGAGCCCAUGAUAGCAGGAAUUCUAGCGGAGACUAGGGAAUACACCAAGGCGUGGAAGAACGAUUCAUCAAGCUCUUUCGAGACCACCGGCACGAUGGAUUCCAAAUGGUCCCAACGUACUGGGCUGAGCUUGGCGCACAUCUCAAAAAUAUCGUUCCUCUGUCUUCCUAUAUCCAUUUCGGAACUAAAUAAUGGUUACAUGUAUGCCCAGGAGAAAUCCAGCGACAGUGUGGUGCAACUUCGCAAUAUCCGGAGUGCAUGGCCCUCUGUGGAAGGACUUCAACGGCUACGGAUGAGCGGCAGCACCAUCACCACCGUUAUUCGACACCGCUUCACACCCGUGAACGAAAGGGUCACUGCGUUGCAUGAUGCAGCUCGUAAAGGAGAUAACGCCACUGUCGAAGCGCUUGUACACAGGCUGGGCGUCGAUGUAGACUCCCGGGAUUGGGAAGAAGAAAGUUCGGCGCUGCACAGGGCAGUUGUUUCAGAGAAGAUCGAUACUGUGCAGUUGCUGCUCGAACUCGGGGCUGAUAUCGAGGCCACGGAACCCGACGACUGUACACCGCUCCAUCGGGCGGCACAAAACGGACAAACAGCUAUAGUGCAGCUACUACUCCACCGCGGUGCCGAUAUCGAGGCUAAGGAUAACGUUGGUUCCACGGUGCUUCACACGGCCGUUGACCAUGGGCGUGCAACUACAGUGCAGCAGUUGCUCGACCACGGUGCCGGCAUAGAAUCGAAGGACAACAACGGUUGGACAUCACUUCACCGGGCUGCCUGGAAAGGUCAUCUACAUACAGUAGAGCUGCUGCUCGACCUUGGGGCCGACAUCGAGGCGAAGACCAACAGCGGUCACACGGCAUUUCAUCGAGCAGCUUGGAACUGGAACACUACGACAAUCCGAUUACUAAUCGACCGUGGUGCCAACAUCGAAGCUACGACAAACCGCGGUCAUACGGCGCUUCGCCGAGCUGCCCUGAAUGAGCUCACUAGUGGUACAGUGCGGCUACUGCUCGCCUGUGGUGCUAAUAUCGAGGCAAAGGGGAACAACAGUCAUACGGCGCUUCACCGAGCAGCUUUGGACGGACACAUAGCUACAGUGAAACUACUGCUCGAACUUGGUGCCGACAUUGAGGCCAGGACCAACACCAGUCACACGGCACUCCACCGAGCGGCCUUGCACGGGCACACCACUAUAGCGCAGCUACUUCUCGACCGAGGAGCCGACAUCGAGGCCAAGGCAACCAACGAUUGUACGCCGAUCCACCAAGCGGCACAGAGUGGGCACACAACUACAUUAAGGUUGCUGCUCGAAUGCGGUGCUAACAUCGAGGCUAAGACGAAAAGUGGUCGUACGGCCCUUUACCAAGCGGCCCAGGGCGGAUACACAGUCGCAAUACGGCUACUUCUUGACCGAGGUGCUGAAAUUGAGGCCAAGACCGAUGAGGGCUUCACGGCACUGCUCACAGCGGCCUACGAAGGACACGGAGCGACAGUGCAGCUACUGCUCGACCGGGCUGCCGAUACUGAGGCUACGACGGAUCUGGGCUUUACCGCGCUGCACGCAGCGACUCAGAACGGGCACAUAGAUACAGUACAGCUGCUGCUCGACUCGGACGCCGACAUUGAGGCCAAUCAGAGCGGCAACUGGACACCGCUUCACCGAGCGGUCCAGAACGGACACAUAGCUACAGUGCAGCUACUACUGGACCGCGGCGCGAACAUUGAGGCCAACGCCAACAGCGGCCACACGGCGCUUCAUCGAGCGGCCAUGAACGGGAAUCUAGCCAUAACCCAGCUGCUGCUCGACCGUGGUGCCGACAUUGAGGCCAAGCAGAGCGGCGAUUUGGCGCCGCUUCACCUAGCGGCACAGAACGAACACACGGUUGUAGUGCAGCUACUACUCGACCGCGGUACAGACAUCAAGACAAGGGACAAGGACGGCCGGACACCGCUUCACCGGGUGUCACGUGAUGGGUUCCCUGAUAUAUUGUAAUUGCUACUCGACCGCGGAGCUGACGUCCAGGCCAAAGAUCAGUACUGUUGAACGCCGCUGCCCCUAGCUGUAGAGAAUGACAAUCAUGCCGCAGCACAGGUGCCGCGUGGGCUAGAGGCUAUAGACACUAGUGGCUCCAAUACGCCCGUGCUCCCCAUCGGAACUUCGUAGAGAGACCCACGAGGUACGCCUGCUGGGGACAUGGACUGACUACGAGACCACGUGAUACACAGUACAUAGUAGUAACAUUAGUAGUCGU